CGGACUUUAGUUGUGGAGUCAUUGCAAUGCGUCAGAGGCGUUACUGAGGCCGACUUUUAUUAGUUUAUUUGCAUGUUUUGACAUUAUUAAAGCACGCUUUCUCUCUCUAAAAAAAAAGAUUAUUUAUCUUUUGACGCUAUGGCGCUGCUCAGAGGAUUGACCGUGUUAAAUAGAGUUUCUCCAAACAAGUGUUUCACACCAGCACGAAUGUUUGGAAAUGGGACAAACACUUUAUACCAGAGCGGUCCUCAAGCUAGAUUCUUCCCACCUUCUGAGAGUGUUAUGCUUCUCCCAGGAACUUACAAGAACAAAGUGGCCUUCAUCACUGGAGGAGGAACGGGACUCGGAAAAGCCAUGACCACCACUCUGUCUUCACUGGGAGCAGAGUGCGUGAUAGCCAGCAGAAAUCUUGAAGUUUUGAAGAAAACAGCAGAUGAAAUCUCACAACAGACGGGAAACAAGGUCCAUGCCGUCCAGUGUAAUGUUAGAGACCCUGCUUCAGUGGAGGCCGCUGUUGACCAGCUUGUCAAUGAUGUCGGCCUGCCUGAUGUGGUGAUAAACAAUGCUGCUGGAAACUUCAUCUCUCCGUCAGAGAAACUUUCCCCCAAUGCCUGGAGAACCAUCACUGACAUAGUGCUGAACGGCACUGCAUAUGUCACGCUAGACAUCGGGAAACGCCUCAUCAAGGCUGAUAAAGGUGCUGCGUUUCUGGCCAUCACCACAAUCUAUGCUGAGAGUGGCUCAGGUUUUGUUGUUCCAAGUGCUGCUGCUAAAGCUGGAGUGGAGACGCUUUGCACGUCUCUGGCAGCAGAGUGGGGCAGAUACGGCAUGAGAUUCAACAUUAUUCAACCAGGACCAAUCAAAACCAAGGGUGCCUUCAGCAGACUGGAUCCCACUGGUGCGUUUGAGAAGUUGAUGUUAGAGACUGUAGCCGUGGGUCGUCUGGGAACUCCUGCAGAGAUCGCCAACCUUGCCGCCUACCUCUGCAGCGAUUAUGCCAGCUGGGUAUCAGGCGCGAUCAUUCGAAUGGAUGGUGGUGAAUAUGUCUCCCUUGCUGGCGAGUUUAAUGGCUUGAAAAAGGUCACAAAGGAGCAAUGGGCCAUUAUGGAAGCAAUGAUCAGAAACACAAAAGGAUCAUAAACCUCUGAAACAGAAGUAACUCGGCACUAAUGACAGUCCUAAUCUCAAUCUUCCGUUGUAGCACCGAGGGUCAACUAUUUUGAAAGAUGAUUUUUAGAUUGUGUAAACUGAGACUUAAAUUGUCCGGCACAUACAAAUAUCCAUUCAGUGACAUGUUUAUCACAUGUCUGUAAUGGGCUGUAACGAAUUGUUGUGUGGAGUUUUUGAGCUGUGCUGAGUAUAGAUAUUGUGUACUUUUUGACCUGUCUGCCAUUUCUGCCUUAACUAUCCAUUGUAGCAAUAGCAAUUACACUCUGCAUGCUGUAAACAUGUAGGUUACGAUUUUUUUUACCCUACACACUGCCCCUGUACUCUGGGAUAGACUCCAGCAUUCCCGCAAUCCUAAGCAGUUUGGAGAAUGGAUGGGUGGAUAGACCGUUUUGAUAAAUCCCACAAAAACAUGUUUAAAAGCAUAUAAAAACAAUCAGCCUGACCUUUUAUGGCAACAAAGUGUUAGAAGUCUUACAGUAACUAUCAACAUCCUUAUGAUGUAAUGAUGAAGUAGAUGAUAUUUUGGUAUACAUUAACCUGUUUCCUGCUUAGAAAUUCAUUUUGUCAAAAUUAUAUAUAUUCUGUAGAAUAAAUGCUGCCUUAAUUCUUGUAUUAUUCUUGUUCAAUUUUCAAUUUGAGGAUAAAAAAAAAUAAAAAAGGCAAAUAAUUGAUUUAA